AUGUUAUUCUGGCGUGCUUUAGUUAGUGGCAUAUCAAUGUCUCUAGUUCUAACUCUCCUAGUGUUCUUUAUAAAUUUCCAAAUUUUGGCAAUAACCUCUGUAGAAUCUUUGGAUGAUACUCCAAAAAAUAUACCGCCAGCUGAUACAAUAAUACCUAAUUUACAAAAAGCUGCUGAUGCUACACCUUCUAACAGCGAUAAUUCUAAUAAUACUAGCAUAGCUGACACGUCUAAAGUUGACAGUACUGUGAGUGUACCCGGAACAUCAGGCGUAGCAAUACAUGCACAAAUGACUCUCUCCGCACAACAACGCGUUGCGUAUGCCAAGUAUUGUCGUGAUAUAAUAUGUGCUUUUCAAUAUUUUCAGGCCGACUUUAACAAUGGUAACAGUUGCAUGUGUAUUCAGCGAAAUCCAAAAUUUUGA